AGGGAGAGCGGCGCGGCGGCGCGCGUGCGUAGCCCGCUCCCCGGCCAUGGCUGGCUGGGCGGGGGCCGAGCUCUCGGUCCUGGACCCGUUGCGUACCGUGUGGUUGGCGCUGGCCGCCGCCUUCCUGCUCGCGCUGCUGCUGCAGCUGACGCCCGCCAGGCUGCUGCCGAGCUGCGCGCUCUUCCAGGACCUCAUCCGCUACGGGAAGACCAAGCAGUCCGGCUCGCGGCGCCCCGCCAUCUGCAGGGCCUUCGACGUCCCCAAGAGGUACUUUUCUCACUUCUACAUCAUCUCAGUGUUGUGGAAUGGCUCUCUGCUCUGGUUCCUUUCUCAAUCUCUGUUCCUGGGAGCACCUUUUCCAAACUGGCUUUACGCUUUGCUCAGAACUCUUGGAGCCACGCAGUUCCAAGCCCAGGGGAUGGAGUCUAAGGCUUCUCGGAUGCUAGCAGGUGAGCUGGCUCUGUCUGCCUUCUUGGUGUUGGUGUUCCUCUGGGUCCACAGCCUUCGGAGACUCUUCGAGUGCUUCUACGUCAGUGUCUUCUCUAACGCAGCCAUUCACGUUGUACAGUAUUGUUUUGGGCUUGUCUACUAUGUCCUCGUUGGCCUGACCGUACUGAGCCAAGUGCCCAUGGAUGACAAGAAUGUGUAUUUUCUGGAAAAGAAUCUACUGAUGCAGGCUCGGUGGUUCCACAUCCUAGGAAUGAUAAUGUUCUUCUGGUCAUCUGCCCAUCAGUAUAAGUGCCACGUCAUUCUCAGCAAUCUCAGGAGAAAUAAAAAAGGUGUGGUCAUCCACUGCCAGCACAGGAUCCCCUUUGGAGACUGGUUUGAGUAUGUGUCGUCGGCUAACUACCUGGCAGAGCUGAUGAUCUAUGUCUCCAUGGCUGUCACCUUUGGGCUCCACAACUUAACCUGGUGGCUGGUGGUGACGUAUGUCUUCUUCAGCCAAGCCUUGUCCGCAUUCUUCAACCACAAGUUCUACAGAAGCACAUUCGUCUCCUACCCAAAGCAUAGGAAAGCUUUCCUCCCAUUUUUGUUUUAGAGCAGGCUUUAUGGUGAAGAACGCAAGCCAGGUGACAGAUGCUAUCCCUAGAGGCACUGAAACAGACUGAAGUACACUUUCUGCAAGAAUAUUUGACAGUCCCUGUUCUACUUCAGCGCCAAAUAGUGUUCACCAAGUGAGGCGUUGUUCCUGGUGGAGAAGACAUCCCGGCAGAUCAGGAUCCGCUUUCUGCCAAGCUUUACAACUACCUGAUGACAAAUAAACGGUGUCUCCAAGCUGCUCUAUUGCCAUGCUAACCAGGAGUAUAAACAGCGCUGCAUGGACACAUGCAUUCUCUCUCUCUCUCUCUCUCUCUCUCUCUCUCUCUCUCUCUCUCUCUCUCUGUGGGAACAGUGAACUGCACUGAGUGCUGUGAGACAUCAUAGGUUUUUAAUAAAUGUCACAUGCCAAUAAAAACAGGAAGCUCUGAAAAUAACAUAAAUGUACAGUAUCAGACCUGUGGUUCCAGGGAGAAGGGGGUUUGUUGGGGUUAGUUAGCAUUCUUCAUUUUCUCAUUGAUAUCUCUAGUUAUAUCCCCACUCCCUCACUUGCCCUGCAACCAACCUGUUAACAAGUUUGGAAACCUCUUUGAUGGAAUCCUCUUUUUGACAUUUGUAUUGAAAACAUCGAGAAAUAAAAUAUUUUUAUAUGUAUGCAUACA